CUCCCAUUUUUAGUAGCCAUCUAACCAACAUGAGCAGCAAAAUUCAGGUUUCGGCCGUCCGCGAGAGCGUUCGCCAGGUCAAGCAGCAGUCCGAGGAGAAGAAGCGUAAGUUCGUUGAGACUGUCGAGCUCCAGAUUGGUCUCAAGAACUACGAUCCCCAGCGUGAUAAGCGUUUCUCUGGCUCUGUCCGUCUCCCCAACAUCCCCCGCCCCAAGAUGUCCGUGUGCAUUCUCGGUGAUGCCCUUCACUGCGACCAGGCCAAGGAGAUUGGCAUGGAAUACCAGUCUGUUGAUGACUUGAAGAAGCUCAACAAGAACAAGAAGUUGAUCAAGAAGCUCGCCAAGAAGUACGAUGCCUUCAUUGCCUCUGAGGCUUUGAUCAAGCAGAUUCCCCGUCUUCUCGGACCUGGUCUCCACAAGGCCGGCAAGUUCCCCACCCCAGUCACUCACUCUGACAACAUUGGUGAGAAGGCUGAUGAGAUCCGUGCCACCAUCAAGUUCCAGCUUAAGAAGGUUCUUUGCUUGGGUGUUGCUGUCGGCCACGUUGAGAUGACCGAGGAUGAGCUCCUCGCUAACAUCAUGAUGUCCGUCAACUUCUUGGUUUCCCUUCUCAAGAAGCACUGGCAGAACGUCAAGACCUUGUACAUCAAGUCCUCGAUGAACAAGCCUGUCCGUCUCUACUAAGCACUUGGUAGAUUGGAUCUGCGCCCUUUGCACCUGGUGAUAUCUGGGCUUGUGUUCUCUUAACAUCAGCACACAAACCCAACACUCUCGUUAAAACGGCACACCAAAGUAUUAUUCACAUCUUAUGAACAAAUUGAAUCAAUUACUGUUGGGAGCUGCAUUUAUUUGCAGCAAUCAAGCCUGCUUAUUUGAUGGUUCAAAAUAAAGAAAAAAAAAAAAUCAUGUUUUGUCCAGA